CUGGACCUGGGGUUUUGGCUCUGACAUCGGUCGAAAAGUUCAAAGUCAUUGAAAGUCCUGUUUAAAUGGAGAAGCAAAGGAAGAAGGAACACCGGGCUUUGCUCAACGCGGGAGAGGAGAAUGAACUGGAGGUGUUUGGCUACCAGACUCAGAAUCUCCGCAGAGCCCUCUGUCUGGUGGCUUCUGUGCUGACAUGCGGGCUUCUUCUGCUGGUGUUCUACUGGAAACCCCAGUGGCGGGUGUGGGCUCACUGCAUCCCAUGCUCCUUGCAAGAAGCAGACACUGUUCUACUGAGAACAACGGAUGAAUUUCAAAGAUAUAUUAGGAAGAAGGUGAUGACCCUCUACUUAUCCACACUGAAGUUUCCUAUAAGCAAGAACCCGGAAGAUUUCCUGGUAGCAGACAGUCACUCUGUCAUAAAUCGAGCCGUACUGAAGCCAGAAUUAAAACUGCGAUGCAUACAAGUGCAGAAAAUCAGGUAUGCUUGGGACAACUUGGAAAAAAGGUUUCAGAAAGUUGGGUCGCUGGAGGACAGCAAUUCCUGUUAUGACAUACAUCACACUUUCGGAUUGGGUCUGACCAGUGAAGAACAAGAGAUCAGGAGACUAGUGUGCGGGCCCAACGCUAUUGAGGUGGAAAUCCAGCCCAUAUGGAAGCUGCUGGUUAAACAGGUUUUAAAUCCAUUCUAUGUAUUCCAAGCCUUUACACUAAUAUUGUGGCUGAGUUUAAGUUACAUAGAAUAUUCUGUGGCCAUCAUCAUCCUGACCGUUUUAUCCAUUAUUUUAACUGUGUACGAUUUGCGACAGCAAUCAGUCAAGCUGCACAAACUGGUGGAGGAUCACAACAAAGUCCAGGUUGCAAUCACCGUUAAAGGCAAAGGUUUGCAGGAGAUGGAAUCUCGGCUCCUGGUUCCCGGAGAUAUUCUUGUCCUUCCAGGAAAAUUAUCAUUGCCAUGUGAUGCUAUUUUGAUUGAUGGGAGCUGCGUGGUGAAUGAAGGCAUGCUUACAGGAGAAAGUAUUCCUGUGACAAAGACACCAUUGCCCCAUGAGGAUAACACAGCAGGCUGGAAAUGCCACAGUUUGGAGGACUACCGGAAACACGUCCUUUUCUGUGGGACUGAAGUUAUCCAGGUCAAACCCUCUGGACAAGGACCAGUGAGAGCAGUUGUUCUGCAAACAGGGUACAAUACAGCUAAAGGGGAUUUGGUGAGAUCCAUUCUCUAUCCCCGGCCUCUGAACUUCAAGCUGUAUAGUGAUGCCUUCAAAUUUAUAGUGUUCCUGGCAUGCCUUGGAGUCCUGGGCUUUUUCUAUGCUCUAGGUGUUUACCUGUACCGUGGGGUCUCUCCAAAUGAUACAGCGAUCAUGGCCCUCCUCCUCCUCACUGUGACGGUCCCUCCUGUGCUGCCAGCUGCCCUGACCACGAGCAUCGUGUAUGCCCAGAAGAGGCUGAAGAAAAAGAAUAUCUUCUGCAUCUCCCCACAGAGAAUCAAUAUGUGUGGGCAAAUAAACCUCGUGUGCUUUGACAAAACUGGCACUCUUACAGAAGAUGGACUGGACCUCUGGGGGACUGUCCCCACUGCUGAUAAUUGCUUCCAGCAGGUCCACAGCUUUACCUCAGGCAAGGCAUUGCCAUGGAGCCCUCUGUGUGCUGCCAUGGCCAGCUGCCACUCUCUUAUCCUUCUGGACGGGACCAUCCAGGGAGACCCUCUGGACCUCAAGAUGUUUGAGGGAACCUCUUGGAUAAUGGAAGAUUGCGAUGCAAACUACUGCAAAAUUGGGACAUCGGGCUCUAACGUUAUAAUAAAACCAGGUCCGAAUGCUAGCCAGAGUCCCGUGGCGGCCAUCACCGUCUUGUGCCAAUUUCCGUUUUCCUCGAGCCUGCAAAGGAUGUCUGUGGUGGCCCAGCUGGAGGGGGAGGAUCAGCUGCAUGUCUACAUGAAAGGUGCCCCGGAGAUGUUGGUCAGGUUCUGCAGAUCUGAAACAGUUCCCAAGAAUUUCCAAAAUGAACUGAAGAAUUACACAGUGCAAGGUUUCCGCGUCAUUGCUCUUGCCCAUAAAACCUUGAAGCUGAGAAAGGUUUCAGAAGCAAAGAGUUUAUCCAGAGAGAAGGUGGAGUCAGAGUUAACGUUUCUGGGGCUUCUGAUAAUGGAGAAUCGCUUGAAGAAAGAGACCACACCAGUGCUCAGAGAACUGCAGGAGGCUUGCAUCAGGACCGUGAUGAUUACAGGUGACAACCUUCAAACGGCUAUUACUGUGGCAAAAAAUUCUGGCAUGAUUCCCCGGGGAAACUCAGUGAUCCUCGUUGAAGCCAACGAACCGGAAAAGUUUCUUCCCGCCUCUGUGACCUGGAAGCUAGUCGAGAGCCAAGAGAAUGGACCUGGAAAGAAUGAAACCUACAUUAACAUCAGUAACAGUUUACUGCCUGGUGGAGAGAGAGUGAGCUCUUACCAUUUUGCAAUGAGUGGGAAGUCAUACCAAGUGAUAACUCAGCAUUUUAGCAGCCUGCUUCCAAAAAUUCUGGUGAAUGGAACCAUUUUUGCAAGAAUGUCACCUGGGCAAAAAUCAAGUCUUAUCGAAGAAUUUCAAAAGUUAAAUUAUUAUGUGGGCAUGUGUGGAGAUGGAGCAAAUGACUGUGGGGCUUUGAAAAUGGCUCAUGCUGGCAUCUCAUUGUCAGAGCAGGAGGCUUCUGUGGCAUCCCCUUUCACCUCGAAAAUAGCCAACAUCAAGUGUGUGCCUCAUCUCAUCAGAGAAGGCCGAGCAGCUCUGGUUUCAUCCUUUGGGGUGUUUAAGUACCUGACCAUGUAUGGCAUAAUCCAGUUUUGUGGUACAUCACUUCUCUACUGGCAACUACAACUCUUUGGGAAUUACCAGUAUCUUAUGCAAGAUGUAGCCAUCACCUUGAUGGUCUGCUUAACAAUGAGUUAUACAGAUGCCUACCCAAAGCUGGCACCAUACCGACCUGCAGGACAACUCCUCUCUCCACCUCUGCUGCUCUCAGUCAUUUUGAAUACUUGUUUCACCUUCGUUGUGCAGAUCAGUGCAUUUCUUUGUGUAAAGCAGCAGCCCUGGUAUUGUGAGGUCUACAAAUACAGUGAUUGUUAUCUGAUCAACCAAAGUGAUUUCUCCACAAAUGUGAGUUUGGAAAGAAACUGGACUGGAAAUGCAACUUGGACUCCUGCUUCCACGAUAAGUUAUGAGGGUACCACGCUGUGGCCCAUCACCACCAUAAACUGCAUUACAUUAGCCUUUGUCUUUUCUAAGGGAAAGCCAUUCAGACAACCCGUCUACAGAAACUAUAUAUUCUCAUUUUUGCUGCUCUCCGCCUUGGGCAUCACAAUUUUCAUUCUGUUUUCUGAUUUUCAAGUGAUACACAAAGGAAUGGAGCUUAUCCCAACCAUAACAUCAUGGAGGGUUUCCAUUCUGAUGGCAGCCCUCGUCCAGUUCUGUGUGGUCUUCUUUGUAGAGGAUGCCAUUCUUCAAAAUCGAGAACUCUGGCUAUUGAUCAAGAAAAAACUUGGAUUCUAUUCCAAAAGCCAGUAUAGGACCUGGCAAAAGAAGCUGGCAGAAGACCCAGCGUGGCCUCCCACAAAAGGGACAGAUUAUUCAGGAGAUGGCAAAAAUGGAUUCUACAUCAACAUGGGCUAUGAAAGCUCUGAACAGAUUCCGAAAGAAAAGCUUGAACGGGGAGACCAAACCAUAGAACAGCAUUUUUGGACCAGAUUGUAAUCAGAAUUGCUGUCCAUACUUCAAUGGCAUCUGCUUCCCCCGCCCCGCAGCCUCCCAGUACAAAAACACUUGGGCGAGGUGAUAGCAGUCUACCCUCAUCUUUUCUCCCUCCAUCUGAGUUCAAGACUUAUAUUUCUCAUUUCUCAGUGUGUUAUGCCUUACAACAAAUGCCUUAAAUAUGUUUAUUGUUUAUUUACAUGCCAUCCUAUUCCCUUAAAUAUGUUAAUUUUCAUGACUUCCCAUGCCAAUAAGGGAAAAAUAAACUUUGUGGAUUAUACUCUUAUUCUAACAAAUUUUAUUCACUUUGCAUAGAAAUAUCUUGACUAAUGUGCACAACUUUUCAUGACAGUUGAAGUAUGAAAUUUAAUAAAAGAAGAGUUUGAUCUUCAAAACUUUCACUCAUUAUUUUCAUCUAUUGAAAGAAAUUAAUUGGGGCAACAAUGCUUUCUUUAAGCAACAAUCAUAAUUUUUUAAAUCUAUAUUUAGUUAUGAAUAAUAUUUAUCUAAGUAUCUUUUUGUAGUGUCAUACAAUUCCUCUUUCUGUUUCUUUCCCAGAGGAUUGGCAUUUAACCUCAUAAAACUAACCCUAUAAACUGGGUAGAAGUUGGGAGGGAAAGUUUUCUACAUAAUCUUGACUUGGUCAUAGCUAAUAUCUAAAAGCAAACUCCACCAAAGUUGGCAUAUCCUAAAGUAUAUCAUUAUGGGGCCAGUGAGCUCGAAGGCCCAAAGCAGAUUACAAAAGUAAUUAAAUAACUGUUAAAAUGUACUCUUCAAUUUUAAAAGCAUGGAACCUGUAUUUAUUCCUUAUUGCUGACAGAGAAAAACUUCAAUUUAUGACUUUAAAAACUGACUCAAAUUCAGAAUUGCUCAACUUAAAAAUUCAUCCUCGGGAAGGGAACCAUUGUAUUUCUAUCUAGAGCAGGGCGGUUAUUAGCAGCUAUUAACCAAACUUAGUUCCAUUUUAUGAUUUUUUUUAAAGUCUAAGUUUUUGGAUGCACAUUAUAACUACAACAACUGUUAUUGCCUUUAAAAAUAUAUUGUUACCAUUGACUAUAAUAUUCAUCAACCUCAUUAAAACCUUGAGAAUACAUUACUCCUAAUGAAUUUUCCAUGUAAUUAAAAGGUGUGUGUGUUCUCCAAAUAGAUCCUUCAUAAGCAAUUUGGUAGGUAACUCAUUGAUAAGCACAUCCCGUUCAGUGAGUGCUAACUAGAUGACUGAUACUAUGAAGUGAGGGUCAAUAAUACCUUUUUAAUUCUGAAACAUUUAGAGCAGAAAAAAAUAUUUCCAGCAUUUCAUUGUUUUUAAUAUUAUAGUUUGUUGCUCAAACCAGCAGCACAAAUGCAAAAUCUAUCAUCUUUCUUUUGCUUUUUAACUUUUUAUUGACUGCACAGCUUUUAGGGUGAUAAUUUCUAAAAUGUGUCUAAUGCAGCAAUUACAAAAAGAGAAAAAGAUAAAUGUCUUACUUUAAGAUUAGUAAGGGGAUGUCAAUUGGGAAAAAAUGGUAUAUCAGCUUUCCUGAUCUGUAUUUAACAAUUUGACCUUUAAAGUAGAUUGAGUCGAUACACUAUGACAUUUAGAUAACAUACAUAUUUAAAAAAUCUUGAUUCAAUAAAUGUAUAACAUACGCUUAUACA